AUGGCACUCUCUGCUACAUUUAUCACUCCUUCACCUUCAAGCUCCAACCUUUAUGCCAAAACUCGCAAACCCUUUCUUUCUAACACUGUAUUUCUUAUCAAAUCUCCAAAGAUCCAGGCUUCAGCAACCCUAGAUUAUUCCAAAGUCUCUGCCAGCAAAAAGUCUUCCCCGUUGAAGACUAGCAACUGGCAGUGGAAAUUCAAGGACAAUUUAGUAAAUAUUUAUUAUGAGGAACAUGUGAAGGAGAGUCAGGAGCUUUCCCUGAAUAUCUUGAUAUUGCCAAACAUUUCUGAUGUUAGCACUGUUGAGGAAUGGAGAUUAGUUGCCGAAGAUAUCGCUCAACGGAAUGACCGUGUCAAUUGUCGCGCAACUAUUGUCGAUUGGCCUGGUCUAGGUUAUUCUGAUUGUCCAAAGAUUGAUUACGAUGCUGAUGUUUUGGAAGAUUUUCUGGUUGAUUUCAUUAAUUCACCAGAUGGUCCUGUAAAACAAUCAGACAAUGAUUUGGUGAUUUUUGGAGGAGGGCACGCUGCUUCAAUAGUACUCCGUGCUGCAAAAAAGGGUCUUGUGAAGCCCAAAGCUAUAGCUGUUAUUGCACCGACUUGGUCUGGUCCCCUUCCUAUCAUAUUUGGUCGAAAUUCCAGCAUGGAAACAAGAUAUGGUCUUCUAAGAGGCGCCUUAAAGGCCCCUGCAGUUGGAUGGAUGAUUUAUAACAUGUUUGUGAGCAAUGCGAAUAUAAUCCAAACAAAGUACAAAUCACACGUAUAUGCCAACCCUGAUAACGUGACACCAGCAAUUAUUGAAAGAAGAUAUUCAUUGACAAAACGAAAAGGAGCACGUUACUUGCCCGCAGCUUUCUUGACUGGGCUACUUGAUCCUGUAACAUCUCGUGAGGAGUUCCUUCAACUCUUUGCAGAUUUGGAAGGAAAGAUACCAGUAUUUGUUGUAUCAACAAAAGGGUCUCCUAAAAGGUCUAAAGCUGAAAUGGAAGUUCUUAAGGGAGCUAAAGGUGUCACCAAGUUUGUGGAAGUGCCUGGUGCUCUUCUUCCACAAGAGGAGUAUCCUGCGGUAGUCGCGGAAGAGCUUUAUCAAUUCUUGCAACAGAAUUUUGGCUCUGUCGCUUAA